AUGGAUAAUUCUAUAUGUCUCUGCAGCUCGAUUCGGCUCCUAUCCAAGCAAUAUGACGAAGAACGAGCUAGAGAGUUGAUACCUGUCCUCAAUAGCCACCUCGAGGAUGUCCGUCGACUUCUAGCCAAGUCCAAGGCACUCUCCCGCGACGUGCAGUAUCAAAUCACGCCACGCAACCAGCGUACGAAUAAGGCCCUAUCCGUUGACUCGGUCGACCUCGGGCCCGUCAAGCAGAUAUACGAGGUCUUUAGCGAGAAUGUUGAUGGGUUUUGGGUAGCCUCUGACGACCAUGUCAAUGCCGACCUGCGUCGCAGAUUGGCCUGCAUAGUAAUAUUCCUAAGAUCCAAGUUGGAUCCCGAAGCCUCCGUGCCACCUCAUAUCGCCAAAGCAUUUCACGGACAGACUAACUACGCGGAUAUUCGCAACUCUGGGAGAAAGUACAUCCAAAUCGCUCGGAAGCUGGGUGGCCUGGGAUCGAUUCUCUGGCUUCCGUUAGAUAUUCCACCAUCCACUUAUGAACGAUAUCUGAACAUAGAUGAUGAAGAAGUUUUCAACCAUUUGUUAUCCCUUGCCCCACUAGUCACGGAUCACGUAGAUGUGGUACAGCGUCUCAUUCUAAGUCAGCUACGCGAUCCGUCUUUGAAGUCGUCUUAUUUGAAUCUAUUCGUUGAAUACACAGAGUUGAUUCCAGCUUCAGAUCAGCUGUUGCUCUUAUUGCAAGCAUUCGGCGCAGUUGAAAUCCCCGAGAUCCUUCUGAAAGGUGUGCGAUUCCCUCAACGUCGAUGGAACACCGAUGGAGAGAUAGAUGCCGUCGAUGCUGCCAACUAUGGUAUUUCAACUGAGCUUGUCAGACUCAUUUCCGACGACGUUGAAUAUUCCCGCGUCAUAGAGAGCCCUAACAUCAUCAAGCGCAGGCUAGAUAAUGACACACUAGCUUUGUCACUGUGCCCUGAAUUCUCUGUUUUCUUGUCUCGCGCCCUGAGACCGAGGACUGUAGAGGAACUUGGGGCAGUUGCUCUGAAGCUGCUUUGUUUCGUUUGUCCCCCAUGUUACGAAGGCAAUACGGACUGGUCUGAGCCACUAAAAUUAGCCGCUUGGCCGAUUGUUGAGAAGACGACUAGGGCAUAUAAGGUGCCAACGCCGCUCAGGACACAAGUCCUCGAGGCAAUUCUUUUCUUUUGCGAGAGAGACUCGGUUGCCAUGCGCCAUGUUGCCGUGGACAGGGCUAGAUCGUUGCUGCGAAAAUCCAUGCCUUACUACCUCCACGCUACCGUUGUGCUGUUUCGCAGCGUUCUUUACCGCAAUGACGGAGAGUUCACCAAGUCGGAGGCACACAUACGCGACUUUGUGUGGCGCGGCCCGCAACCCGUCACUCGCCGCGACCAUUCACUAUAUGGACGACUCCACAUAUCUCAGAUGGAGAACAAGAUUAAAUGUACCGACGAUGACGUUUCCUUGCUUAUCUACGAAUGGAAAGCAGAACAACCGCUCUCGACCCUGGACACUGAGGUGACGUUUCGACUUCAGAGCACGGCAGCACGCUUCUUUCAAUCUAUCGGAAACUUUACUGCAGCCAGGGCUUCCCUAGAACAGACACUCUCCCUCGACAUGACGAAACCAUUACGAGGAAACACGCGCCGCCUUUUAGUUAGCAGACUUGCCGACAUGUACUGCGAGAUGGAAGAGUACUCCAAGGCGGCCGAGAUUCUGCGGCCAGAGUUGGAUAGCUCGAACAAGCCUGAACUCUCACGUCGAGCGUACCCGCGGCUUCUGCUGUCGUCGGCGGAGUUCAACAUUGGACUCAAAAAUUUCGACGCCGCAGAACUAUUCCUCAGAGAACUUGAGACUCAACAUGCUACGCCGAUUGGUAUAGAUACACUCUUUGAUCAGCAGUUGCACAUGCGUGCUAUCCUCGCCCUAGCUCGCAUAGCGCAUUUCAGAUCGGACAAGACCACCGCUGUGCUGCGAUGGGGAUACGCGCUGCAAGAGAUCCAGCGUAUGCACGCCCUCAAAGCUGGAGCAGGCUUCACUGCGGCAGCAAUACAUCUGUCAUUGGCUCACGCACAGCUCGCUGCCGGCGAUGAAGCGGACGCGCAGGUAUCCUGGGCUGCCGGGCUGGAGAUUCUCAAGACUGAGACGUGCGAGUUCUGGCUUCCGAUUGUGCCAACCUUAUGGCUGAAGAAAGUCACUCGCGAGGUUUAUGAAGCGCAAGGUUGGACGUUUCGCAUGAUGCUGCCUGGUGCUAAGCCCGACGCUACAACACCAUGA